AUACACACACACUAAACACACCCUCAUCACACACACUUAGCACAAACAUGAAGACACAAUCGAACAAUCCUCUGCUGUUGAUCAAGCUUUUAACCCUGCAUUCCCUACUCGUACUCUCCGCUUCACAAGAUUUCGAUUUCUUCUACUUCGUUCAACAGUGGCCAGGGUCGUUUUGCGACACGAAACACGGUUGUUGCUACCCGGGUACCGGAAAACCCGCAUCGGAUUUUGGAAUUCAUGGACUUUGGCCCAAUCGAAACGAUGGUUCGUACCCUUCCAAUUGUGACUCUAGCAACCCUUUCGAUGCCUCCAAGAUUUCAGAUCUUAUGAGCCAAAUGAAGUCAGAUUGGCCAACAUUAUCGUGCCCAAGUAGCGAAGGGCUAACAUUUUGGGGUCACGAGUGGGACAAGCACGGGACAUGCUCGGAAACCGUACUUGAUCAACACGGUUAUUUCUCAACGGCUCUUAGCCUCAAAACCCAAAUAAACCUCCUCCAAGCUCUCGAGAGCGCCGGGAUUCAUCCAAACGGGUCAGAGUAUAGUCUGAGAAGCAUAAGGGACGCGGUUAAAGAGGCGAGUGGUUACACUCCGUGGAUCGAGUGCAAUACUGACUCGUCUGGUAAUAGUCAAUUGUACCAAAUCUAUUUGUGUGUGGAUUCAUCGGGUUCGGGCUUCGUUGAAUGUCCGGUCUUUCCAACGGGGAGUUGCGGCUCCUCUAUCGAGUUUCCUUCGUUUUAACUUGAAUGUUUUGGUUUUCGUAUGAACUUUUCUUUUAUAGAACAACAUCGAUAAUACAUAAAGCUAGGGAUUAACUAUAUAUUGUGGUGUGUGGUAUAGUUGGGCCGUUUGGUAUGGCUGGGCAAUUGGGCCUACUAUAAUGUGAUGGGCUUGAGAGUAUUAUAAUGUGAUGAGCUUUUGUGAGUAGUGGAUAA